AAAAUCACGUUACCACUUACAUCCCUUUCUGGCUUGGCCCCGGACGCCAGUCUGCAACCCAACCGUUUCGCACCCUUACAUAGCUGUGCUUUACUUGGAGGACUACGCCUGUCUCAUGGUCGGCGGCGAUGAUGCCUAUCUUGACGCCUUUCCGGAUCAGCCCUGGCUUGCUGGGUAAUGCCAUGGUUCUGUCAACACCGUUGAGUCAACAUCGGUUUCCACUGUAACCACAUGCAUCUUAAAUACUAGUAGACGCUUCGCUGUAAAUCUGCAUUCAUGGAUGUACAGAGCAAUCCGAGUAACGGAUCCUCGCGACCUUUCCUCGCCACAGACUUCACACACAGCUUCUGUUGCCAUCGGGCUCACCCUAUGCAUUCAUCCUUUCUUUGUCCACACAUCCUAGCCUUCUUUGGGUGGUGCCUGGUCGCGGCUUUCCAUGCUCAUCCUAUUGGCUCAUCCCUACACCCUCUUUGCUGUGGAAAGUAUCUAGCGCCACCUGCUCGAACUCUGGUAAGGGGCUUGCCGAAAGAUUCGUUUUUUCCCAGCAUUAGAUCAACACCGUACCACAUAUCUAUGCUCUUAAUCUGCAAAAGGUGCAGAAACAUGCUGCAUAGUAUCAGAGGCUUGUAUCCUGGCUGCUGUAUAGAUGGUGUAAGAAUGACCUACGGCUGAGACAAUUGCUGUCCUAUGAAGGAGGACGGCCUGUACUGAUGGUCCUUUCCGCCGAGAUUUCUUGCCAGGG